AUGCGACUGGCGCUCGCGAAGGAUCCGAUCGACGAGACGCUACCGGACGCUUUGCGAUGUCGACCGCUCUUGGCGGGCGAAGGGGUCGUCGCAAAGGACGAAUCCAGCGUUCUGGACGACGAGAGUGAAGUCGUCGAUGCCGAGCGACCGGCGUGGUACGACAUGGGAGCGAUGGGUGUGAUCGGCGUGAUCGGUGUAUCGAGUCCCGAAGCCCAGUCAUCGUUCUCGGCCGUGCGACUCGUCGACGCGAAAGGCCUAUUCGAACUCGAAGAGGUCGACGAUGCAAGCCUCUGCGCCCUCAUCUCCGCCGCGGUCAGCGUCAGCGUCCCGGAGACGUUCGGAUCCGGCGCUCUCUGCCGCGGGCGAUCGACGACGGAAGGUGGAGCCGACACGGUCCGAUCCCGAUCCCUAUCCGUAGACGACGAGCUCUUACGCCUCUGCCGAGAAGGCGUCCGAUGUGCGCGUUCGAUUUCCAAGGUCGCCGUCGACGCCGAGCUGGUGACCGUCGUUGCCGAGUCGGCUUCGAUCAGGGACGAGGUCGAAGCGUUCAAAGUCAGUGAAGCAAAGGGCGAAGUCGAUUGCUCCGUGGCUCCCAACCACGCCUUGACCGAGGACCGAUCCGACUCGUCCCUCUGCAACGAUGACGAAGAAGAAGAAGAAGAAACCUUUCUCGGCAGCGGUGGUACACUCGAUCCGUGGCUGCUCGAUCCGUGA